AUGCGGUGGUUCCAGGUUCUCACGGCCUCGUUGCUGCCCUUUACAGCUCUUGCAGCUAAGAAGACGGGCGACAAGUACACGGACGCCCGCGCCAAAUCCCUCGAGAUCGGACGUCCGCUCAAGCUUGAUGACGGCGGUUACGCAUCGUUGACCAAGGGCCAGAGGGACUUCUCGGUCGCCGUACUCCUGACUGCUCUGGAGACACGAUUUGCCUGCGUGCUUUGCAGAGAGUUCCAGCCUGAGUGGGACCUGCUGGGCAAGACCUGGAUCAAGGGCGACAAGGAGGGAAAGACAAGGACGCUCUUUGGAACACUCGACUUUAUAGACGGAAAGAACACCUUCCAGUCGCUCCAACUCAAGACAGCGCCCGUCCUCCUCUUCUUCCCGCCUACCGUCGGCCCCAACGCAAAGGUCGACGCCCAGCCAGUCCGCUACGACUUUACUUCUGGCUCCCAAUCCGCUGAGCAGAUCCACGCCUGGGUCUCCCGCCACCUCCCCGCCGAUGUUCCUAAGCCUAAGAUAUCGCGCCCCAUCAACUGGGUCAAGAUCAUCUCCGUCACCACUGCCGUUCUCGGAGGAAUCACCGUUAUCGCCAUCGCCUCACCCUACAUCCUCCCUCUCCUGCAGAACCGCAACCUCUGGGCGGCCUUCUCUCUCAUCACCGUCCUGCUCUUCACGUCUGGCCACAUGUUCAACCACAUUCGCAAGACGCCCUACGUCCAGGGCAACGGCAAGGGCGGUAUCAGCUACUUUGCCGGUGGGUUCAGCAACCAGUUCGGCCUCGAGUCGCAGAUCGUUGCUGCCAUCUACGGUGUUUUGGCGUUUGCGACAAUAUCGCUCGCGAUCAAGGUGCCCAGGAUUGCCGACUCGAGAACUCAGCAGUUUGCUGUCUUCUUGUGGAGUGGUGUGUUGCUCUGCAUGUACAGCUUCCUGCUUAGCGUGUUCAGGCAGAAGAACGGCGGGUACCAAUUCUGGCUGCCUCCUUUCUAG